AUGCGGCCUUUGAUGGCAGGGCUCGUUUCCUCUGCUCUCGUUUGGAAAGUGGAGGCCAGCAACGCACAAGCUCGAAGCUUGCGCAGAGGCGGUGGUGGCGGGGCCGACGGCGAGGAUGGGUUGCAAUUGACACUCGUCCUCAUCAUUACAUUCACAACCAUACCUUUUGUCCUCUCGGUCUGCGUCGGCCUGUGGAGAUACCGGAGGCAGCUGGUUGCAAUCUUUCCGGAGGUGCCGGUGCCGACCAACGAGAAAGUGACGAACGAGGACCGCAGGAACUAUUGGUUGGAGGAGCAGAAGAAGAGAUCCCAAGAAGUGGAGCCACCGGAGCCCACAAAAGUUCAGAAACUCGCUCCGGGCGAUGGCCCCCUGCUGGAUGUACAUGCCAUCUUCCAGACUGGAGAUGACCCCUCGGACGAUGACAGCAACAGCCUCUUUGGCAGCACCCUAGGCAGUCAGGGCGCCUUCUUCACAUCCGAAGCCUGGAUGCCCGUCUCCCGCAUGCGAAGCAUGUCUGAAGGGGACCUGCGCCGCACCGCGCACGAUGACAACUUCGUCGAGCAGAUGCUCUCCAAGUCUCAGCCCUUGGCACCGAGGGUUUUCGUGAGGCCCCCCUCGGAUAUCCCUCUUGACUCCACCGGCAGCAAGAAGCGUGGGACACGCGCCUCCAGCAAAGGCAGUGCCGGCACUCAAGGGAGCAAAGGGAGCAAGGCGAGCCGAAAGCUGCGCAGCAGCAGCAAGGGAAGCUCUCACAGCAAAGGCAGCGCUCGCAGCAAAGGCAGCGCUCUCGGCCUGGACUUGCUCGGAGAAGCAAAGCCCCAGCCCCGGCCUCGCCUGCAGACCAACUGA